GGACAUUCUUUGGAGGUUUCGCAUUUUACUUUUUCAAGUUACCGGUAUCUGUCUAACUUGACGGGCGGUCCGUCGGGAUCACCCGAUCUUAUUUUUAUUUUUUUGCUUUUCCAUAUUUCCUUUUUUAUAACUUUCCCUUUGUCGUGGAAAAGAAGGUACAGAAAUAGCUUUUACUAAUAAAGUUAAAAACAGUAUAGAGCUGCCUCCACCCACAUUCUUUCUCCAACUACGACAUCACAAGGAAGUAAGAAGCAAUCGGAGGAGGAAGCAACUGAAGGAAAUUAGGGAAAGAAAGAAAGAAAGAAAGAAAGAAAGAAAGAAAGAAAGAAAGAAAGAAAGAAAUGGCAUGGACAACUCUCCAACUGGAGAUCCUUCAAACAACCUCCAGAGUAUCUUCAGUAUUCUCACUGCUCGGUGCAAGUUUCAUCAUCAUCACCUUUUGCGCAUCCACCUCUUUUCACAAGCCGAUAAACCGACUAGCGUUCUUCGCUUCCUUCGGUAAUAUAUUGACCAAUGUAGCUACAAUAACGUCGAGGAAGGGGAUUGAGCAUGGGAGCCAGUCUGCGCUAUGUAAGCUCCAGGCGACGUUUAUUCAAUGGUUUAUGCCCGCGGAUGCACUGUUCUGUCUAGCAAUGGCCCUAAACGUCUAUCUGACAGUGUUUAAAAAAUACACUACAAAGCGCCUACGAGACCUAGAACUCACCUACAUCCUCGUCUGCUACGGCGUUCCCUCAAUCCCGGCAGUAAUCUUCCUGUUCAUACAGAACAGCAACGGAGUAUACAUAUACGGCAGCGCAACGCUCUGGUGCUGGAUUUCCAACGAAUGGCAAUUCAUGCGUAUCGCCGCCUUCUACGGUCCCGUCUGGAUAAUCCUCGGCGUCACAAUAAUCAUUUACAUCCUGGCCGGCCGUGUGAUUUUCCGCCUCCGCGGAUCGCUCCGCAACUUUGCGGGGAAGUCUGCCCUGGGGCCACCAGUGAAAGACACAUGGAGCACACAGAGCCACAACAUAUCUCGUACCAUGUCACCGGACCUGACCCCGGGACCCAGCGCCUCUAUCAAUCCUCCGCCAAGCUACACCGUCAUCAUUGAGUCCGGGCCCAAACCCCCAGUUGCGAACAACAACAACAACAACCGGGCGCCCAGGAACAGCGCUGUGGAAGCUAACACCGCAGCGUGGGCUUACUGCCGCUGCGCGAUGUUGUUCUUUUUGGCGUUGCUUAUCACCUGGCUUCCCUCCAGUGUAAACAGAAUCUACAACCUCAUCUACCCCGACGCAACCCACUUCGGCCUCAACUUCGCCGCAGCGCUCGUCCUGCCCUGCCAGGGCUUCUGGAACGGUCUCAUAUACAUCGUGACCACGCUCCCCGCCUGCAAGGAGUUCUGCCGAAACCUGGGGGAGCGCUUACGCCGACCGUUCGACAUGGCCGCCCGGUGGAAAAGGUCCCGGCGAAGCUGGUCGAGUAAGGCUAGCAGUACGAAUAGUUUACAGCCUGUAUAG